CGAAGAGCGGAGAGAAAUAGAUGGGAGGGUCAGGCCGCUCACUGCCUCUCAGUUUCAAACACACACAGUGUAUUUCAAACCUGUGCAUGGACAUAAAGUGAAAGCUGAAAUUAGGAGUUGCUUUUUCCCGUGUUAGACGGGUCAUGCUGUCUUCGCAAAGGUAAUGAGCCGCAAAGCCUUCGGGUCUCGGCUGAGCAGCGCCCACAAACUGCAGCGAAACUGGAAUGACUGGCAGCCCAGAAGCGACGGUGUGUCAGCCAGCCAGGACGGUGUGAAGUGCAGUGUCUCCAUAGACCACGGUUCAGAAGUUCAUUUCGACACUCUGCCCUCUGACCGGUCUGGCACCCCACCACUGCACAAUGACGCCUUCCCUGCCUCAGACAUACUCGAAGAAGGAGGUGGAUAUGACGCUGAUGGAGGCCUCUCUGAAAAUACUUAUGGUUGGAAGUCGCUGGGGCAAGAGUUGAGAAUCAAUGAUGUGACAACUGAUAUAACCACUUUUCAGCAUGGAAACCGUGCUUUAGCUACAAAGGACAUGAGGAAAUCACAGGACCGACCGUUGGCUCACUCUGAGGAGUCUCGUCUGGCCAAUCUUCUGCGGCGAGCAUCACGGGAAGAUGAUCGGGAACGCAGACUGGCCACCGUGAAACAAAUGAGGGAGUUCAUUGUGCACUCUGAAAAUAAAGUGGUCCUUGUGAAACAGUUGGAUUCCAUUUUGAGUACCCUGAAUGACAUAUUGAAUGAGAGUAGUAAGCUCCUGCAGGAGCUCAGACAGGAGGCUGCUUGCUGCCUGGGCUUGCUGUGUGCCUCCGUCAGUUAUGAAGCCGAAAGGAUCUUCAAAUGGAUCUUCCUCAAGUUCAGUGUGUCCACAAAGGAUGAGGUGAAGCUUCUCUACCUGGUGGCAAUGCACAAGGCACUUGAAACGGCAGGGGAGAAGAAGGCUUUUUCGACUGUGAUGCAGUUGGUGAUGAGCAGCCUUCAGUCAAUUUUGGAGAACUUGGACACACCAGAACUGUUGUGCCAAAGUGUGAAGUGUAUUUUGUUGGUGGCCCGUUGUUAUCCACACAUAUUCAGCACCAACUUCAGAGACACAGUGGAUAUUUUGGUGGGUUGGCAUAUAGAUCACACACAGAGACAGUCUCUUACUCAACAGGUGUCUGGCUGGUUACAGAGUCUGGAGCAGUUUUGGGUGGCAGAUUUGGCCUUUUCGACUACGCUGUUGGGUCAGUUUUUGGAAGAUAUGGAGGCGUAUGCUGAGGAUUUGAGUCAUGUAUCAGGAGAAUCAGGGGACGAGGAUAUUCCCCCACCCACAGUAUCCCUGCCAAAGCUAGCAGCCCUGUUAAGAGUCUUUAGCACUGUAGUGCACAGCAUCGGAGAACGUUUCAAUCCUAUCCGAGGACCACCAAUUACAGAGGCCUAUGUCGCUGAUGUUUUGAACCGUGUUUUGGCUUGCGUCACCACAGCCAAGCAGGUGUUCUUCUCUGAAAUAGUGCUGACUGCUGGAAAUGAGUGUGUGUGUGUUCUGCUGGUAAGCUUGGACCUGGGCAGUCAGCUGAUUGAUGCUGUAAUCUCUUAUGGACUGGACCAGCUAGACUGCUGCCAAGGCUGUGGGCCAGAAUACAGCAUGUCCGUCCUCACCCUGCUAACACUGAUUGUCGACCAGAUAAACACCAAACUCCCCGCCACUUUCGUGGAAAAGUUGUUGGCUCCUAAUUCCCAACUACUGGAGCUGCGUUUCCACAGAGAACGAGAAGUGAUGGCAGCAGCACAUGGUGUAUAUCAUGCUGUGCUGAGUCUGAAGAACAUCCCCAUCCUGGAGGCAGCUUAUAAACUUGUUUUGGGAGAGAUGGGUUGUGCGUUGAACAGUUUGCUGAGUCUUCUGGGUCUGCCUGCUGCAUGUCCCCAUAUACAACACCCAGCCUUCAGCCAGCUGCAGUUCAGCCCAGAGAGAGCAGAGUUUAUCCUCAUCUUCAAUCUCAGUGCUCUCACCACCAUUGGUAACACCAAGAACUCGCUCAUCGGGAUGUGGGCUUUGUCACCUACCGUGUUUGCCCUGCUCAGUCAGAAUCUGGUUGUGAUUCACUCUGAAUUGGCCGUCCAUCACCCGGCGGUCCAAUAUGCAGUUCUUUACACCCUCUACUCUCACUGCACCAGGCAUGAUCAUUUUAUCUCAAGCAGCCUGAGCUCCUCAUCCCCAUCCCUUUUCGACGGCGCUGUCAUCAGCACAGUUACCACGGCAACCAAAAGGCAUUUCAGCACGCUUCUUAAUUUGCUGGGUAUGCUGCUCAGCAAAGAUCAUCUCAAGACUGAGGCGAGGAAGCUGUUACUCACCUGGUCAUUAGAGGUGUCUAUGAUGAUGAAGAAAUCAGAAACAUACUCCCCCCUGUUCUCGCUUCCAUCGUUUCACAAAUUCUGCAAAGGGAUACUGGCCAAUUCUUUGAAUGAAGACCCCACCAUAUGCCUGCAAGCGUGUAACAGUCUACAGGUUCUGUCAACCUCCUUGUCCACAGAGCUUCUUCAAAGGUGUGUGGACGUGUGCCGAGUUCAGCUAGUCCAUUCAGCAGUGCGAGUCCGGCAGGCCUUCGGGAAAUUGCUGAGAUCCAUUCCCAUGCACGUCGCAUUAAGCAGCGCUCAGAGUCACUCUGAGAUUAAGGAGAUCUCGCUGGCCAUCCGCCGACACAUGAACAAAGUGCCUAGCAACACCUUCCACCCACAGGACUUCUCUGACCUCAUUGGGUUUAUACUGUAUGGAACAGUCCAUCGUGGGGGUAAAGAGCCGUGGUUGGAGCGGCUUUACCACAGCUGUCAGCGGCUGGAGAAGAAGGACUCUGCCAUGGUGCCUCGUGCCCUGCUGAAGACAGAGGCUGUGCUGUGGCAGUGGGCCGUAUGGGAGGCUGCUCAGUUCACCGUGCUUUCCAAGCUCCGCACCCCGCUGGGCCGAGCCCAGGACACCUUCCAGACCAUAGAAGGUAUUAUCCGCAGUCUGGCGGCUCACAGUCUGAACACAGAGCAGGAGUUGAGUCAAUGGAGCGGAGGCGAGAGUGAUGAGGGUCACCACACCAAUCAGCUCCGCCUGGCUCUGCUGCUGCAGUUCCUGGAGAACCUGGAGAAACUCAUGUAUAAUGCUUACGAAGGCUGCGCCAGCGCGCUCACUGCACCUCCAAAGGGCAUAAGAACGUUUUUCUACACAAACCGACAGACGUGCCAGGAUUGGCUGACAAGAAUUCGUUUGGCACUAAUGAGGGUGGGCCUUCUCUCUGGCCAGCCAGCGGUCACGGUCCGUCACGGCUUUGACCUGCUCUCUGAGAUCAAGAACAACAGUGCGCAGGGGCCAGAGAUAGAGGUGCCAAUCACUAUGCUGGUGGAGGCGUUGUGUGAGCUGCGAUGCCCGGAGGCCAUACAAGGUCUGGCAGCCUGGAGUCUGGCCAACACUGGCAAGAGUCUGGGCUGGCUGAGCUCAGUUGCCCUGCAAGCUGAGGGAAAGUUUGAAAAGGCCGCUUUAGAAUACCAGGAGCAGCUGUGUGCUGUUACAGGAAUGGACUGCUCCAUUAAAGGCUUUGAUCGAUCUCUUCUCAAGCUCACUGGCACCAUCUCGUCCAGCCCUAAACACACCAGCAACGUAGCAGAGGGUAGAAAGACUGUCCUGUUAAAGUCCAGUGAGUGUUCUCAAGAGGUGCUGAACUUCCUGGCCAAUAAGGCGUGCGAGUGUUACGUGGCCCUGAGCGACUGGGAGUCUGUACAAGAGUGGCAGGCCAGCAUGAUGAACCUCAAGAAGAACAGCAGCAGUUCUGGUGUCAACCUCAAGACUGACUUAAACUAUAUCAGAGCUCUGAACCGUUUCGAGGAGGGAGAUUUUGCCGAAUGUCGUGCCCAAUUGGAGUUGUUGCCUGGGGAGGAUUAUGGCCGGCUUAACUCCACAACAAAGGAUAAGAUUGACCUGAAGAGGCUUCUUCCUGCUGUGUUGAGUCCAGACCCCUCAGAGCUCCAGAAGGCCAUUGAGGUACAGCUGCUCAGAAGCGCUGUAGGAACCAUCACCUCAACCAAUCACGAACAGGACCAGAAGGUUCUCGCCUCAUCCGACAAUCUGGUGAAGUAUCUGAAGCAGACUGGUCGCAUCUCUUUGGGUCCCCUACGUCUCUCCACCCUCACCCUGUCUGACAACUUGGCAACCCUCAGCACCCUACAGCUACACUGUGCCAACUCUCUGGAGAACUCACUUUGCAACCAGCACCCAGAGGACUGUCUUAUUCCACUCUUCAGUGAAGCCUUGACAACCUGCAAGCAGCAGGACGUUCAGCCAUGGCUUCAUGCUCUUCGAUACACCACUUUCCAGCGCCAGCUUUUCCAAAAACUGAAAGGUUCCUCUGCUCCAGUGGACUCUCAUCUAAUGGAGCUUUGUCUGACUACAGUCAAGUUUGCCCGUAAGCAAGGUAAUAUCGCCCUGGCCACACGUCUGCUUGGUCAGUGCGGCACACCCUCAGCAAGUGAUUCUGAAGAUCAAGAUCUGGUGCAAAGCUUCAAGCAGCUGUCACUAGAGGGCACUGUGGGAGAGAAGUGGGGACCCGAGCUGGAGAUUGAGAAGGCCAAAGUUUUGUUUUCUGCUGGUCAGUCGGUAUCGGCUAUGGAAAUGCUGAGUUCCUGCGCACUGUCAUAUUGUCAUUCCGGGAAGAGUGAACACGCUGCCUGUCGCUCUGUGCUCACGCUGUGUAAGUGGCUUUUGGCAGACUGGAAAGAUCUGACACCGCAACUCAAAAUGGUGGUGAAGAGAAACUCUGCGUCUACCAGUUUCUCCACCCUCUCCAAGAACAUCUCCGGCCUAUUGGAGCUGCCGCUGGAGGAUCAGGGAAUGCCAAACAUUACUACAGAGACCACAGUGAAUGUUGGUGUUGGAGAGCCAGAUUUUGUCUUGGGGCAGCUGUACCAGCUCUCCACUACUCAGGCUCCUGAAAUGGCCAAAUCCUGGGCUGCUUUGGCCAGCUGGGCAUACAGAUGGGGCAGGAAGGUUGUGGACAAUGCCAGUCAAGGACAGGGGGUUCCUCUGCUGCUUGAAGAGAAGAACGAAAUAGAGGAAUUGCUCCCAGCAAGCACCACCGAUGUGGACAAGGACGCCAUUUUCAGCAUAUUGGGUCAAGCCAUGUGUCGCCCAGCUGGAAUUCAGGAUGAAGACAUGGCCCUGCAGAAUGAAGAGGAUGAGGAGGAUGACAUGGUGGAUGUGAUUGGCAGACAGCUACUGAGUGCCUGUCCAUGGCUCUCUGAUGUAGAAGACAGUGUGACUGAUGGGCUGAUUGGAGUGUGGAGGCGAGUGGUUGAUCGGAUCUUCAGCCUGUAUCGGGUCUCCUGUAGAGCGUACUUCACCUUCCUCAAACUCAAUGCUGGACAGGUGCCCAUCGAUGAAGAUGAUCCCAAACUGCUCUUGAACAAUCAGAGCAGCAAACAGAGCAGCGACGAUGUUAUUGUCAUGGCGACCCUCCGUCUGCUACGCUUGCUCGUGAAGCAUGCUGGGGAGCUGAGGGAAGGCCUGGAGCAUGGCCUGGCAUCCACCCCCACUGCGCCAUGGAGAGGUAUCAUUCCUCAGUUGUUCUCCAGACUGAAUCAUCCCGAGGCCUACAUCCGCCAGAGCAUCUGCAGCCUGCUGUGCCGAGUGGCCCAGGAUUCACCCCACCUCAUCCUCUACCCUGCCAUCGUGGGUUCCAUCUCUCUUGGAGGAGAGUCCCAGACUGCAGGUAACAAGCUGCCAUCGUCUCUGCCCACGCUUUUGGGCAACAUGCAAGGGGAGGCUCUUUGCGGUGGGGAGAGCGAGAUGGGCAGUGGUCCGACCUCUCAGGAGAGCAGCCGUGGCGAGGAAAUGGUGAUGUAUUCCAGCGAGGACCAAGCCAUGAUGCAGGACUGCUACAGCAAGAUCGUAGACAAGCUGUCCUCUGCCAACCCCACCAUGGUGCUUCAGGUGCAGAUGUUGGUGGGAGAGCUGAGGAGGGUCACUCUCCUCUGGGAUGAACUCUGGCUGGGGGUCCUGCAGCAGCAACACAUGCACGUCCUGCGCAGGAUUCAACAACUGGAGGACGAAGUGAAAAGAGUCCAGAACAACAAUACUCUACGCAAGGAUGAAAAGGUGGCUAUUAUGAGAGAGAAGCACUCUGCUCUAAUGAAGCCUGUGGUUUUCGCACUGGAUCACGUUCUUAGCAUCACAGCCGCUCUGGCGGAGACUCCUCACGAAGCAUGGUUUCAGGAGACGUACGGUGACACCAUCAACAACGCGCUAGAGAGACUGAGAAACCCUCUUAAUCCGGCUAAUCCUGCAAGCAGCUGGGUGCCCUUUAAACAGAUCAUGCUGAGCUUGCAGCAGCGGGCACAGAAACGAGCCAGUUACCUUCUGCGACUGGAUGAGAUCAGUCCCCGUCUGACCGCUAUGGCUAACACAGAGAUGGCGUUGCCGGGGGAGGUGUCUGCCACAGAUGCGGUCACCAUCCAGAGCGUAGGCAACACUAUUACCAUCCUGCCUACUAAAACCAAACCCAAGAAACUCUACUUCCUCGGCUCAGAUGGCAGAAACUACCCCUACCUCUUUAAAGGACUAGAGGAUUUGCAUCUGGAUGAGCGGAUCAUGCAGUUCCUGUCCAUUGUCAACACCAUGUUUACUAAAAUAAAUCAGCAGGAGAGUCCGAGGUUUCAUGCCCGUCACUACUCUGUCACGCCGCUGGGCACCAGAUCAGGACUCAUCCAGUGGGUAGACGGAGCCACUCCGCUCUUUGGACUUUACAAACGCUGGCAGCAGCGUGAGGCCGUGCUCCAAGCUCAGAAGGCACAGGACUCGUUCCAGCAGCCCCAAAACCUUCCAAUGGUGCCCCGGCCCAGUGAGCUCUACUAUAGUAAGAUUGGUCCUGCCUUAAAGGCUGUCGGGCUCAGUUUGGAUGUGUCGCGCCGGGAUUGGCCGCUGAGUGUCAUGAGAGAUGUUCUGAGAGAGUUGAUGGAAUCCACGCCCCCUAACCUCUUAGCAAAAGAGCUGUGGUGCUCCUGUACCACCCCUAAUGAGUGGUGGAGUGUAACUCAGUCUUACGCCAGAUCAACUGCUGUAAUGUCAAUGGUGGGGUACAUCAUUGGUUUGGGGGAUCGUCACCUUGACAACGUGCUGAUUGAUAUGACAACUGGUGAGGUGGUGCACAUUGACUACAACGUCUGUUUUGAGAAGGGAAAGAGCUUGAGAGUACCUGAGAAGGUUCCUUUCCGUAUGACGCACAACAUUGAGACGGCUUUGGGGGUCACUGGAGUGGAGGGCAUCUUUAGACUGUCUUGUGAACAGGUGAUCCAGAUAAUGCGCAGAGGAAGGGAGACCCUCCUGACCCUGUUGGAGGCAUUUGUGUACGAUCCCCUGGUGGACUGGACAGCUGGCGGGGAGGUGGGGUUUGCAGGGGCCGUCUAUGGAGGAGGAGGACAGCAAGCAGAGAACAAGCAGAGCAAGAGAGAGAUGGAAAGAGACAUCACCCGUAGCCUGUUCUCCUCUCGUGUGGCUGAAAUCAAGGUGAAUUGGUUUAAGAACCGUGAUGAGAUGACCGGUGUGGUGCCACAGAUGGAGGAGGCGGUGGACGAGUAUCUUAGCCUGCAACAGCAGCUCACACAGGUGGAGAAAGUACAGGGCAAGCUCCUGGAGGAGAUGGAGUUUCUGGAAGGAGCUGACACCAGAGCGGAUCAUCCCAUCCACACCCUGGAGCACAGGUACUCUGAGCACACUCAGUUGCAGUCCAGGCAGAGAACAGUACAGGACGCCAUUCAGGGGAAGCUGUCUGAUUUAGAUCAGUGGAUUUCUCAGUAUCAAGCUGCCUUUGUCAGUCUAGAGGCCACCCAGCUCGCCAGCCUCCUGCAGGAGAUCAGCAGCCCUAUUGAUUUAGGACCUCCCAGCUAUGUGCCAGCCACCACCUUCCUGCAGAACGCAGGUCAGGCACACCUGAUCAGCCAGUGUGAGGCUCUGGAGGCGGAGGUGAGCGCUCUUUUACAGCAGCGGCGCUCUCAGCUGCGUGGCUGUCUCGAGCACCUGCAUAGCUACGCCACAGUGGCUUUGCUGUACCCCCGUGCCGUGCUGCACAGACACAGAGUCCAUGCGUGGAAACAGUGGAUGGAAGAGCUGGUGUGUGACAUGACAGUGGAGCACUGUCAGACCAUAUAUCAUCAGUAUGAAAUGCAGUUUGCCCCUCAGCCCCCUCCUGCCACAUGUCAGUUCCUGUCCAGCAUGGAGUUGGCACUGCAGCACCAUGCGGCCGAGACCAACACUCGUCUGCUGCGGCAGGUGGAGCGUCUGAAGGCAGAGGGUGCCAGUGUGCCCGUGUGUGAGGAGCAGCAGCAGGAGAUUGAAAGAUGCAUUAAAGUGUUUCUGCAUGAGGAUGCUGAGCUGAGUUCCUUCAGUCAGGCUGGAAUCAUUAUCUCAGCUCUCUGUGCCCUCACCAGGCGUAACUUGGUCAUGGAGGGAGCAGCAGCUAGUGCUGGAGAGCAGCUGGUGGAGCUGACGUCCCGUGAUGGUGCCUGGUUCCUCGAGGAACUCUGCAGCAUGAGUGGAAACAUCACAUGUCUUGUGCAGCUGCUGCAGCAGUGCCAACUCCUGUCACAUGACCUGGACAUCCUCAGUCCUGCAGAGACCUUGCAAGCUGUCUACCUGUCCAAUGGUGUUUACACCUGCCUCCAGGAGCUUAACACAAACUUCCGUCAGAUCAUCUUCCCAGAAGCUCUGCGCUGCAUGCUAAAGGGCGAGAGCACGUUAGAGACAAUGCUAGCUGAGCUGGAUGCGCUUAUCGAUCAGUGUGCAGACGGGGUUUCGCUGCAGGGUCUGGGGGAGGUUCUGCAGGCUCAACUUCGCAACACGGCUAUGGGUCUAGAUGAGGAUGCGGAUGACCACUGUCUGGAGGUCACCAGGGUUCUACGGGCCCAGUAUUCAGAGUUGAUCCAGCCACGCAACAUGGAGAGCUCAGUUCAGGAAACACCCAAGAUGAGUGCUGGGCAGAUGUUGUUGGUAGCUUUUGAUGGCAUGUUUGCCCAGCUGGAGACUGCUUUUGGACUUUUGAUAGACAAGCUCAACUCUAUGGAUGUGCCUGCUGCCUGGAGAAAGGUGGAUGUGAUCCGGGAGGCUAGAGCUACACAGGUCCAUUUCUUUGAUAAUGUGCAGACCAGACAGGUGUUGGAAGAGAUCUUCUUCUUGAAGAGACUCCAGACCAUCAGAGACUUCUUCUGUCUGUGCGGCUCAUUUGCACAGACACUCUCUGGAACCUGCCCUACACCCACUGAUGAGCCUCCGCCCUCUAAUGGUCCAGUCCCCACAAUGAAGCCCUUGUACCGUGGCUCCACUGUAGUCAGUGAGGACCAGAUGACGAGGCCCAUCAAAGCCUUUACCGCUAAUUUUGUGAGGCAGAUGCUAAUGGGGCUUCCUACUCAGGCUCUGGGCCUGGCCAUCUGCAGUGCUCUCAGCGCCCUUGGCAUGGAUCUUAUCGCCCAGGUAGAGGCCAAGGACUUUGGUGCUGAAGGAAAAGUGUCUUUGGAUGAUCUUUGUAAGAAAGCGGUAGAGCAGGGCGUGCAGUCUGGGCGGCUGUCCCAGCUACUACUCAACAGGGCUACGGUGCUGGCCAGCUCUUACGACACAGCUUGGAAAAAACUAGACCUGGUACGACGUCUGGAGGUCAGCAUUGAAGCCUGUAAGGUCAGCCUGCAGAGAACUCAGCUUCACAUUGCCAUGUUUCAGUGGCAGCACGAGGACAUUCUUGGUGCGAGAACUCAGCCUAUGACAGUCAGCCCCCCGCCUCGCUCCAUCAUCCUCAGCAACAUGAAGAAGAAGCUUUACAAACUCAGUCAAGAUGAAGCUUCUAUAGCCGGUGUCCAGGACAAGUUGGCAGCUCUAGAGGGCGGCAUAGAGCAAAGGCUUAAAUGGGCUGGUGGUGCAAACCCAGCACUUACCCCGGUGCUACAGGACUUCGAGGCCACUAUAGCAGAGCGCCGUGCCCUUGUGAUGAAGGAAAGUCAGCGAGCCAAUCAGGUCACAUUUCUCUGCAGCACCAUCAUCAACUUUGAAGGUCUGCGUACACGCACCUCAGAUGCUUUGAACAUGGAUGCCGCGCUUUUUGAACUUGUGAAGCGAUGCCAGGCCACGUGUUCCUACGCUGCCCAGUUCAGCACCUCUGUUUCCUCUUUGGAGCUUCAGCUGCUACAUCGACUGAGUCCUGCCAUGGAUCUGUCUAUUGGUGGGCCUGAGUGGCUGGUUUAUGCACAAAACCACCUCACCCAGGAGAUGUCCAGUCAGAAAGCCAUGCAGGAGGAGAGAGAGCAACAGCUGGAGAAUGUGACGGAGACCCUGCAGCUGCUGGUGGACUCCAUUAAAGGCAUCCUGUCCAAUCACAACCGCCAGCUCGCUGAUGUAAAACACCUACUGCGUGCUAUGGCAAAGGAUGAGGAAAAUGCCCUUGCAGAGGGAGAGGAAGUGACGUACGAGGGCAGUGUACGUCAGUUCCUGUCAGAAUACAAGGCGUGGCAGGAUAAUGUGCAGAUAGUGCUGUUUACCGUAGUGCAAGCCACAGGUCAAGCACGCAGCCAAGAGCAGGUUGAGCUGCUACAGGAGAUCCCAGCCACCUUAAAGGAGCUCAAAGUUCAGAGCCAGAACAUCUACAAUGGCUUGGUAAGCUUCGCCUCUCCCCUGGUUACUGAGAGAGGAAGUGACUGUGCAAGUCCUACUUCGACAGUCCAGACAAGCUUUGCUGCUGCAGUGCGCUGCAGUGGAGUGAAGACCCAGCCUGAUAACAUGUCCCAGAAUGCCCGCAAAGCUCUUCCUCGGAACUUUGGGACACCAGUGGAUACUCCCCCCAGCACCCUGAUGAUCAACAGUAAAGGUCUGGCACCCAGCCCCAAGAGAGCUGUGCGCGAUCCUAAAACUGGCAGAGCUGUGCAAGAGAGGAAUUCCUAUGCUGUAAGCGUGUGGAAGAGGGUCAAGGCCAAACUGGAAGGGAGAGAUUUGGACCCUAACAGGAGAAUGAGUGUCACAGAGCAGGUGGAUUAUGUCAUCAAGGAGGCUACGAACGUAGACAACCUGGCACAGUUGUACGAGGGUUGGACGGCAUGGGUGUGAAUGGGAUCCUUGUAGAUCACUUUGGUCCAGCGAAGGUAGAAAUAUACCAAAAUCCACUGGGUCUGGGGCAUUGGAGCCACAGAGCACCAUGCGGGAAAGGGGGAAACCCUCCCUCAGGCCCACAUCGGAUCCCCGUAGCACAGCUGCACCCGGCGAUCCAGCUAACACAAAUGGGUCUGCCUCCCUGAGAUGUGUGGGGAGGUCACCAAGAUGGGGAGGCGGGGUGGGGGGGGUCAAGGCACACGGCUUGAACUACCCCCAACCAACCCCUGUAUCAACAACAACAAUAAACAUCUGUCAACUAUCAAAAUAAUUAUGAUUUGCAGCAGGGAAAUGAUUUUGCAGGGACAGUUUAUCCGCUCUUAGAGCAGAGGUCUGCGUUAUUUAGGAAGCUUCUUAACUAUAUUUGCGAGCAAAUGAAAGGAAGAGAGAGUGAUCCAGUCAUCGAUCCUCCGGCCUCUGUUUUUGGAUGCCUCUGAGUCGGGCACGAGUUGCGGCUGAGCUGUCUUCUGCUGGAGCGAAUGUUAGAGGGCUGUGUAACCACAAGACUCAAGGGACUCCAAUCAAAGUCAGAAGGCCUUUGUCAGACCUUAGAGUUCUUCAUGUCAAAAGACCUUUUCCCCUCGAGUAUAAAUAGGACAACACUGAAAAACUUAUUUUACACUUCACUAAUGUACUGCACAGAUUUCACAAUUAAAAGGCAAAAUGCAUCAAGUGGCUUUGGGAACAUUCACUGUCGUGCGAGUGUGUGGCACAACGAAUGUGCUUCAGGUUGGUAAGUUCACAGUCUGAGAUCUCUUUGAUUUGAUUCUUGAUAAAGAAGAAAGCCAGACGACUGAGAUAUGAAGCCCAGGCUCAUUAUGAUGAGAUGUGUAAAUCAGUUUCUAAAUGCGUUUUUUCUUAGUAUGCAUCUCUAGUCUUGUUUGUGUACUGUAGAUUCUUUCUCCCUUUCCUUUACUACGGAUUUAGUGUAGAUUGCUUCUUUUUUGACUUGCCUGUGGAGGUGUAUCAUUUGAUACAUGUCCCCAUUAAAGCUUGCGUUUUACUGAUCUUGACCUAGUUUUGCAUUUUUAGUGGGAGAAAUAAGCAUUGGAUUGUGAUGUGGUGAUGGUUAAAUUGUUGUCUCUUAAUGGUUUUACGUUGAUGAAAUAAAACUAUAAUUAAAACUU